AUGACCCUGACGGCCACGCUCGCGCCCCCGCGUCUCGCCCGUACCAUGCGCAACCCGCGCGCGCUAACCGAGACCCCGGAGCUGCUUCUGCAGCUCCUGGGCCCGCGCACCCCCCCGCGCGUCGACUCUCUCUUCUGGACCCUGUGGUCCAAGUCGGCCGACGUCGCGUGCAAGGCCCGCCGCACCCCCUUCAUCCAGGGCAUCGCCGCCGGCACCCUCGACCCCGUCGUCUUCGGCCGCUACCACGUCUCCGACGCUUACUACAGCUUCCACGCCGCAGACGACUACCUCCUCGCCGCCGCACGCGCCACUGACCCUGUCAUUAAGGCUUUUCUCGCCGCGAAGCACGCUAGUUAUACUGCCUACAACCGCACGUUUCCCGCCCUGUGGCACAUCAAAGAUUGCAAUGGCAUUGACCCUGGUCAGGUGUGCAAAGCUUAUUCAAGCUUUGAGAGAAGCAUUGUCGCGGCCGAAGAUGCCAUUUAUACCCUCAUUGUUAUGCUCCCGUGCGAACAUCUCUGGCCCUGGAUUGGUACGUCCAUUGGCCCGCCGGAUAAAGCUAACCUAUACGCGAGAUGGAUCAAUCACAAUAGCGAUUUUGGAAGCGCUUUUGCUCUUGGCAAUGUCAUUGACAAUUUUGAACUGCGCAACCCGCGCAUCUUGUGUAGAGAUAAAGCUCUGUAUAUAUAUAGAAAGGCUAUGGUUUACGAGUGGAAAAACUUUGAGAAUGCUUAA